CCGCCCAAUCUCGCAGAUUAAAUUCCGCACCGUUUUGGCAAGACUGUUGGUAAUCCAUUUAUUUCUGUACAAACUGCGUUAAAUCAGCUCUCACACACGUCAAAAUGCUCGCCACAGUCCGCAAACAGCUUAGAAGCCACCCAGCACUCAUCCCUCUCUUCAUCUUCAUCGGUGGAGGAGUAACCAUGUCCAUGACAUACCUCGCUCGUCUGGCCUUGAGAAACCCAGACGUUUGCUGGGACCGCAAGAACAACCCAGAGCCCUGGAACAAACUGGGCCCAAAUGAUCAGUACAAGUUUUUCACAGUCAACAUGGACUACAGCAAACUGAAGAAGGAUCGUCCUGACUUCUAAAGAUCAAAUCUGCUGCACCAAAAGCACAAAGAUGAGCUGAUCCGCACAGCACCGUUUUGAACUUUUCUCCAGAAACCUGAGUGAUGCAGAAGCUAAACCCGCACAAUGAGUCAUAUUUAAGUUUCUCAUUGCAUCCCAUUGGCUUUUGAAAUCUUGUUUCUUAAUUCUCAUUUGCAGUGGCUCUCAAUAAAGUGAAGGAGUCUUUUCUCCUCCAUACAGAGAAAAAAAACAGUUUCAUUCAUUGAGGUUUGUGUGAGCACUUUGUUUUCCCUGUCCUCGAUCUUGAGUCGUUAUUGUCACUUUUCAAAAGCAUAUCACGCAUACUUAUUUGCAUUACGACUCAGAACACCUUCCACACUCCAUUUACAGUUGUGUCCUGCUCGGCUGUCACUAUUUGGGCUUUGCUUUCACCUCAUUUCACCUUUGUCCUGCCUUAACCCAGCUGCUGGUGAAUCAUGUGGCACACUAUUCUUGGCUGCGAUCCAGAACCUUAUCGGCAUGGAGGGGGCAGACUUUAACCUGGUCACAAUUGAACAGUGAGCUCCCUCUGGUGGCAGCUGUGGCAGUCCAGAAGUUGCAGUGAUCAAACCCGACCAGUAUUUGGUGAAGUUGAUGAGGUCUACGGGUUGCCCAGUGCCACUUCUGCAUAGUUUUCCAAGCUUAAAGGAAAUGCUCUAGCCAUAGAAGUUAAAGGGAAGAGUGAGAUAAAACAUGUCUCUCUCUCUCUCUCUCGCUCUCCCUCUGCAAAGGGGACUGAUGUUUGUUUUAAGCAAUAACAUGUUCAUGCGCAACACGGAGCAGAGGAACCAGGACUCUGUGGUGGGACAUUCGGAGGUGUUUCUCCUUAUAGAAUGCCAUCGCUCUCAGCCAGAUGAGUUUGUAAAUGUCAACAGGUCGCGCUUUUCCGUCUGCAGCUUGGAGAAAUGCGACAAGGAUGAGCAGCCAACGCAGAGCAGAAAAUGUCAAGGAGACCUUCAUAUUUGAAUAGAAGCCCACGUCUAAAUCUUCACCCAGCCUCUCCAUGGCUCGAAUGCUUCGCAUGUGUAUCUCUUUUUUUCUUUUCACCUGAGGAAAUGAAAAUUAACUUCUGGCACAGCAUGUAACGGCGCUUAAUUUUGGAACAUUUCAAUUGUUUCAGCAUGUUCACCUUGUUGACUCUGAGCACUCAGGAUCCCCACCCUACCCCCAGAGUAAUUACUAUCACUUCAAAUAAGUUAUAAUGGAAAUAACACAAAAUGCCUUUAUUUUCCUGAGCUCAUUUAUUUGUUGAUGUAACCUGUGAAUUUCAGCUUAAUGGGAGCAAAAUGAAAGCGAGCGGCGUGCUGUGUGGCUGGAGAGCAAUCACUGGUGGCUGAAUGAUAGAGGGAGAAAAAAAAAAGAAAAUGAAUCAGCCUCAGAUCUAAAAACUCUUUCCGCCUUAUUUGACACGGCCACUGUAGAGUCAGGUGUUAUAAACCUUCUGUCUGUGCAGAAUGAAUUACUUCAAUCAAGCAAAAAUAAUCUGGGAAUGCAGAAAGUGAUCAGUUAAAAUUCAGCUGAAUUUAGUGUAUUAAACCAGUAACAGCUGGUGUACUUCCUAAAUGACCAGUUUAACUGCAAAAACAAACAUCUGCUUUGGAAGUUACAUGCAGUCCUGAGUUUGCCAUUCAGGGUCUACAGUACAGAAGGUCAAGACUAUGAGAAUACUUUUGUGAAAUAGGGAUUUUAUAUACUUUCUAACACUUAAAAAUGUUUACAGUUUUUGCAUCAAUGAUUUUGUAAGUCAAUAUUGCUACAUCUGAAAAAUAAAUGCCUUUACAUUUUU